AUGUAUAUAGUGGAAAUAAACGGUUUACGGGGUCAAAUAGAGCGAGAUCUCAUGAUGUCCCAUUGGGCUACCUGUCACUCGUUUUUUUCUCUUUCUGUUUCUAAUUUAUGUGGACGACGAGGCUGUUUAUUUUUCCUCUGUCUGGUUUUACCCAUUUUUUUUUUUUUUUUUCCUUUUGAUCACGGGCGUUUUAUUGUUUGUUUUUCUUUUUUCUUUCUAAUUAUGAUAGCUUUUGUUGGUUCAUUCUGCGUGAGGGGUUCUUUUCCAUGCGGGGAAGGGUUGUGCCAAAUGAACGGUGAGGAUGUACGCAACUAUCCGGCUAGAGUGCUCCUGGCGCACGAUGAUCGCCUCGUGCAGUUUCUUGAUGCUUCCAUCUGCCAAGAUUGGAAUGCCGCCGUGGAGGAGUGGCAAAUGAAAAAACAAGAAGAGAUUGCGUUCCAAAAACAGGCGCGAAUUCCCACAUGCGUUGAAGUUCCCUCCACAAUUAAAACAGGGUUGUUCAGUGAUGAGGAAUUCUUUUUGCUGACGAAGCAACUGGAAAAUAUCACGGCUGCUCUAUCUGCUCAUUCUGCAACAAAAGCGGGCGUUCAUUAUGGGGAAAAUGAAUUUGUAUAUUCACCAAAUGAAGUUCCGGAUUUGUUUUUACUGGAUCCUGCAAUGCACUUACUUCCUCUUGAUGAGAAGAAGAGAAGGAAAUGCCAGGAAGCGAGCGAGGCCUAUCAAAGAGGAAGUUAUGGCAAGGCUGCUGAGAUAUUCUCAUCCGUAAUUGACUCUUGUCUGCCAAAUAUGUUGAAUGCCGCACUUAUAAGUAACCGUGCCGCGUGCUACUUGCGUGUGGAGAAUUACAAACUUUCACUUCGCGAUGCGAUACGUUCUUACGAAAUGGAUAAUGAAUAUAUACUUGGUGUUUGCCGUGCCUUAAGAUCUCUCAUAUGCUGCGGUAGGGUUGCAGAAGCAAGACAAACUAUCGAAAAAUUUAGGCGAAACAAAUACGGUUACAACUUUGAGCGCGAAAUAACUGAUAUCUCCUUGUAUGAGAAGUACGGUGCCUUUUUAGAGGGAAAUGAACAUUCGACAGCCUUAAUGCAUUUGAAUGAGUUGCUGGAACGCGUUCCAUGUGCCACUUUUGAAGUGCUAAAGGUCCAGCUUCUUGCCAUUGAGGAAGGUAAUGAGGUGGCUUUGACUCAUGUAAAUAACACCUUGCGCAUCUACACGGACUUUCCAGAACUUUUGUAUUGGCGCGCACAACUCUGCUUCGUUGAGAGUGCCAGCAUGGCAGAACUAGAGGCUGUUAUUCCCUUUUGUGGUGUAACUGGCUCUACUGAUUCUACGGGACGCCUACGCCAAGUACUUCAGCGUGUUCAAUAUUGCGUUGAUUUAUGCAGGGAAAUGGAGUCCUUGGUAUCCAAGAGUGAAUGGAUGUGUCUCAUUGAAUUGUGUUCAAAAUCCGUAAAGAUCCUAUUUAUUGGUGAUCGAUUACGUGCAGGGAUUUUGGCUAAACGUGCACGUGGAUUUUAUGAAAUUAAGCAUUAUUAUGAAUGCAUGGAUGAUAUUGACGCUGCCAUACGAAACAUAACAUCCGGUAAUGUACGUGCGGAACUUCUGCUUCUUAAGGCUCUUUCUGAAGAAAAGCUUCUUCGAUGGUCGGAUGCGAUUCGAAGUGCCGAACUAGCUAUGAGGGAGCAUCGUACCAUCGAGACUGUCGAGGCUUGGAAGCGUCUCUGUGAUCGAAAAAGGGAGUACGAGUGGCGAAAACAGCAAAAGCAGAGGUUCCAUUUGGGAUAUCAAGACGGGGAGGAGGGAGAAGAGGGAAACGAUUCAAAGGAUGGAAGUGCUCCAGAGAGAAAUGGCUUCCCCCGAACUCAUGUAUCGGGGUCAGGGGAAAAUGAAAGACGAAAACGACACACGAGGGGACCGGACCAUCAUGUCGUCACGCAAUUGUACGCACAAUUGUCACUUCCCACAGGCGCGAGCGCGGAGCGAGUGAAAAAGAGCUACCGUGCCUUGGCAAUGCGGUGGCAUCCAGAUAAGUGGUGCAGUGCGUCUGAUCAACAGCGAAAGGAGGCUGAAGAAAAGUUUAAAAUUUUAAAGGCAGCCUAUGAAGAACUCAUAUGUAUUGUUGGUGGUUAG